AUGGAGAGCUCUACCUCCUCAAUCUUCUCUCCGGGUUCCUCAUUGUCGGAGUGGGAGGCGGAAGAGGACGAACUGGAUAUCAACGAGAUUCCCUCUGAAGUGGAAGCCAUCCUUCGCUACCUGUCCAUUGUCAUUUACAGUAUCGCUUUCAUCCUAGGAACAGUUGGCAAUGGUCUUGUUAUCUGGAUUACUGGUUUUAGGAUGAAAAGGACAGUCAACACUGUAUGGUUCUUGAACCUGGCCAUUGCUGACUUUAUCUUUACAUUUUUCUUACCUCUGAGCAUUGUCUAUACGGCUCUUGGCUUUAACUGGCCAUUUGGUACCUUACUGUGUAAGCUUAAUAGCACUGUUGCGUUUCUCAAUUUGUUCGCCAGCGUCUUCCUGCUCACUGUUAUCAGUGCUGACCGUUGUGUGUCUGUGGUCAGACCUGUUUGGUCCCAGAACCAUAGAACACCAAGAUUGGCUUCCAUAAUUGCUCUGUUUGUAUGGCUGACCGCAUUCUUCCUGUGCUCCCCUUACUUGGCUUUUCGAGACACCGUCAGAGAUGAUGAGGCCAAUGUUACACAUUGUUAUAACAAUUAUGCCUUCUCGAAUGACUUUGAUGACGUGGAAGUGGUGGCUUUGAGGUCCAUGAGACAUCAAAUCAUGAUUUCAGUUCGCUUUCUGUUUGGAUUCUUGCUUCCGUUUGGACUUAUUGUAGUUUUCUACUCUUUGAUGGCCCUGAAGCUGAGGAGGAGUCACCUCUCCUGGUCCAGUAGGCCUUUCAGAGUCAUGGCCUCAGUGGUGGUUGUUUUCUUCCUGUGUUGGUUUCCAUAUCACAUCCUUUCUGUCAUGGAGGUAGUCAUGCAUCACUGGAAGAAUAAGACUCUGAGCAUUGCUGUCCUUGUUGGAAGCCCCCUUGCCACGAGCCUCGCAUUCUUUAACAGUUGUUUAAACCCAUUUCUCUAUGUUUUUUUGGGUAGAGAAUUCAAAGAAUCAUUACGGAGGUCCAUACUUUCUGCAUUCGAAAGUGCUUUUAGUGAAGAGCAGGGGAAAACUAACGAUAGCCAAGGAAAGUCAAGGUCCCUUUCUGACCAGGAGUUCCAGUUUACCUGAUUGAACUUUGACAGCACUAAAUAUCUUCUCAAAUGAGAAGGGUUAUGAUCUCAGUGACUGAAAGCAAUGUAUGUAACCCCUUCUUUAGAUGACGUUGACUUUUUAUCUUCGUAUAAUUUACUCCAGUGACAGUUGAGAUAUGACAAGUAAGUACCAUCCUGCAUCAGUCUACUAAUCUGGAUUUUUUUAUAGAAAAACCAACCAGUGGUUGAUUUAAUAAUCUCAAAACAGCAGCCAAGAUAAGGUGCUUGAAGCGUCCAGCACAGCACGAUAUCUGCAUUUAUAUAUUUACCAAAGAGCUCGAUGGGUCUGUGCUCAAGAGUUUAUAGGGUUAAAACAUCCCUUAAAACGUAAUAAUAAAGUAAAUAAUCGUCAUUUGUUACUUAAUAUUGAUAUUUUUGAAGGUCAAUGGUAUAUUUGUGCAGAUUCUCAUGUAUGCAUAAAACAAACACUGUUGAAGUUGUCGAUACCUAAGAAAAAAAAUGGAUCAGCCUUUCUAUUCAACAUUUGGCAUAAGGUCUAAAGAUGAAGACGGGGUUAAAAAAAACUGCAAAACAUUGGAUGCUUUUAGAUGUUAGUCCAGUUUUGUUGAAGUUUCAAAUGGCCCACAAAAAGAAUAGAAAAAAAUAUUUUAGGGUCACAUCUUUUAGAGAAACCAUGGAAACGGACACAAAUUAAGGACAUUGAUAACUCCAUUAAUGGAGACCUCUUCUAUAUUGUAAUGUCACUUUAAGGUGUACCAACAUUCAUCUAAUACUAUUGUAUCGCUUGGAUAAUUAUUCCAUAUUUAUAAUAAAACAGUAAUUCUGAGUA